AUGGUUAGAUUUACUUAUAGAGAUGUUUGCACUAUUGGCAGUGCGCUAAUUUUGAUGUCAACCUGUUUCAUUAUGGGUGUGUUCUUCGCUAACCAAACUUACGAUUACCAUAUUUUGUUCAAUCCUAAAAUGACUCAAGAGCACUAUGACAAUGCUCUAAGACACUAUCAGACAUUAUACUACACUUCUCCUAAGGUCCUAUAUGCAUUUGCAGCUUUUGCUACUUUAGGUAUGCUAGGGUCUCUUGCUAGGGUCUAUAAGCCAAACCCUGAAUUACAACUAUUCGAAUAUGGUUCUAUGGGGAUGUACUUUAUUGGUAUCUGUGUGUUUUUGACCAAUAUCAAGACUGGGGUUGAAUCAGCUGUCCACGGUAACUGGGGUGAAGUCACUCAAAACCAAGGAUUGGCAGUGAUUGCCUCUUCUAACAUCAUUCUAUUGUUGGUAUUCUCUGGUGUGAUUGCCUUACAAGCUGGUUUAUGGUAUACUGAGUGGGAAUACGAGCAAAGAUUGGCUGAAUUCAAUAGUAAGGAGGCCGCAGAAGCUAAGCCUGCUGCUGUUGAGGAAAAGAAGCGGCCUGCAAAAGGAUCAGGUGGCAAGAAGAACGCCAAGAAAGAGUAA